AUGCGGGAACCGACACCUGUAAUCAACAUCCACAUGAAUUCAGCAUGGAUCAUACAGCUGUUUGAUGGUCCUCCAGUGAUCCAGAGGGAAGAUUGUACCCCUGGACACGUCAGUGCAACACAGUGUACCCCUGGACACGUCAGUGUAACACAGUGUACCCCUGGACACGUCAGUGUAACACAGUGUACCCCUGGACACGUCAGUGUAACACAGUGUACCCCUGGACACGUCAGUGUAACACAGUGUACCCCUGGACACGUCAGUGUAACACAGUGUACCCCUGGACACGUCAGUGUAACACAGUGUACCCCUGGACACGUCAGUGUAACACAGUGUACCCCUGGACACGUCAGUGUAACACAGUGUACCCCUGGACACGUCAGUGUAACACAGUGUACCCCUGGACACGUCAGUGUAACACAGUGUACCCCUGGACACGUCAGUGUAACACAGUGUACCCCUGGACACGUCAGUGUAACACAGUGUACCCCUGGACACGUCAGUGCAACACAGUGUACCCCUGGACACGUCAGUGUAACACAGUGUACCCCUGGACACGUCAGUGUAACACAGUGUACCCCUGGACACGUCAGUGUAACACAGUGUACCCCUGGACACGUCAGUGCAACACAGUGUACCCCUGGACACGUCAGUGUAACACAGUGUACCCCUGGACACGUCAGUGUAACACAGUGUACCCCUGGACACGUCAGUGUAACACAGUGUACCCCUGGACACGUCAGUGUAACACAGUGUACCUCUGGACACGUCAGUGUAACACAGUGUACCCCUGGACACGUCAGUGUAACACAGUGUACCUCUGGACACGUCAGUGUAACACAGUGUACCCCUGGACACGUCAGUGUAACACAGUGUACCCCUGGACACGUCAGUGUAACACAGUGUACCCCUGGACACGUCAGUGUAACACAGUGUACCCCUGGACACGUCAGUGUAACACAGUGUACCCCUGGACACGUCAGUGUAACACAGUGUACCCCUGGACACGUCAGUGUAACACAGUGUACCCCUGGACACGUCAGUGUAACACAGUGUACCCCUGGACACGUCAGUGUAACACAGUGUACCCCUGGACACGUCAGUGUAACACAGUGUACCCCUGGACACGUCAGUGUAACACAGUGUACCCCUGGACACGUCAGUGUAACACAGUGUACCCCUGGACACGUCAGUGUAACACAGUGUACCCCUGGACACGUCAGUGUAACACAGUGUACCCCUGGACACGUCAGUGUAACACAGUGUACCCCUGGACACGUCAGUGUAACACAGUGUACCCCUGGACACGUCAGUGUAACACAGUGUACCCCUGGACACGUCAGUGUAACACAGUGUACCCCUGGACACGUCAGUGUAACACAGUGUACCCCUGGACACGUCAGUGUAACACAGUGUACCCCUGGACACGUCACACUGCUGACGUAA